CGAUUUGCACUCGGCACCAUACGCGUCUUCGAAAGGAGAACGCAUUUCUCGCCAUUGUCCUGUCCCCGGCACCGGCGGCUUCUUUUUCUUCUGAGUGGUACACUACAUGGAGUGGAACCUGGAGUGUAAAGUAUACGUAGGUAACCUCGGUAGCGGUGCGGCCAAGCACGAAAUCGAGGCCGCCUUUACAAAAUUUGGUCCCCUCCGUAAUGUCUGGGUUGCAAGGAAUCCCCCUGGCUUUGCCUUCGUCGAGUUCGAAGACACGAGAGAUGCCGAAGAUGCAUGCCGUGCAUUGGAUGGCAGUCGAUUGUGCGGAACGAGGGUUCGUGUAGAAAUGUCGCAUGGACGGUCAAGGCGGGGUGGAGGAAGCAGACGACCUCCGCCUCCUCCACCACGCUACGGAGGCGGCUAUGGCGCUAGGAGAUCAAGGUCCCGUUCCCCACGCAGGCGCUACUCGCGUAGCCGCAGUCGCAGCCGAUCCAGGAGCCUUCGUCGUUCCACCGGAAGCCGUUCCCUGUCACGAGAGAGACGCUGAAGUGAAGGUUCCGUCGUGUUGUCCAUCAUCGUCCAGCCACAGUGGGCGCUGCUGUCAUGAUCUGUGUCCGAUCUUUUGUUUGUCCCUGCAAGGCUACUCCAUGUGUCUAAUAAAACAUUCAUCCACA